GUACCCUCGUGGAUCUAUAUAGAAAAGCGCAAAAACCGGAUUGUUUUACGGUUGCUCACGUCACUAUUACAGGGCGGUUCCGAAGAAGCGGCGAUUUAUUAAAGAGCCGCGGCGGCGCGUGUGAGCAGGAUGAUUCCGGAGGAGGGAUACGGGGCGCCGGACAAGUGUUGUCGGACCCCAAGAGCUGCGAGGAGACCAAAGCGAGACGAGGAGAACUGCACGGACAGAGUGGGACUGUUGGGAGAGCCGAGUAUCCCCAUCCGGAGUCAAGCCUUCAGCUCCACCUACAGCAUCUCCCCGGGACAUGAGCUGGGCAGAGGCAAAUUUGCAGUUGUAAGAAAAUGCGUGGAAAAGGAAACUGGAAAAGAAUUUGCAGCAAAAUUUAUGAGAAAACGAAGAAAGGGCCAGGACUGUCGAAUGGAAAUCAUCCAUGAAAUUGCAGUUUUGGAGCUGGCUAGAGGCAGCCCUUGGGUUAUCAAACUGCAUGAAGUCUACGAGACUGCCACUGAAAUGAUCCUAGUACUGGAAUACGCUGCUGGCGGUGAGAUAUUUAACCAGUGUGUAGCAGAAAGGGAAGAGGCCUUCAAAGAGAAAGAUGUCCGUAGGCUUAUGAGGCAGAUAUUAGAAGGAGUUGCCUUUCUACACCGGCACAAUAUCGUCCAUCUAGACUUGAAGCCCCAGAAUGUUCUCCUGACGAGCGACUGUCCUCUAGGGGACAUAAAGAUAGUAGACUUUGGCUUGUCAAGAAUAUUGAAUAACAACGAGGAGCUAAGAGAAAUUAUGGGGACCCCAGAAUAUGUUGCUCCUGAAAUUCUCAGUUAUGAGCCAAUCAGCACUGCAACAGACAUGUGGAGUAUUGGUGUACUGGCAUACAUUAUGCUAACAGGAACCUCCCCUUUCUUGGGCGAUGACAAGCAGCAGACCUUCCUAAAUAUUUCCCAGCUGAAUGUCACUUACAAUAGUGAGGACUUUGAAGACAUUUCUGAUUCUGCAAUAGAUUUCAUCAAAGCACUUCUCAUUCGCAAGCCUGAAGCUCGUGCGUCAGCUGUUGACUGUCUCCAACAUCCUUGGCUAGCCCAAGGGGACCUUCCUGAUCCAUAUGCUAGUGCUAUGAACUCUGUGCAGGAAAGCAACCAUGUCACACCGGAAGAGGAGAACCGAGAGGAGGAAGUAACUCAGGCCAGUUCUCCAGAGCCAGUCACUUCCAUUGCAGAGGCAGAAGGACAGACUGUAGAAGAAGAAUUGAUUGUAAUGGCAUCUUAUACACUGGGACAGUGCAGACAGACUGAAUUAGAGAAACAAUCUGAAUCUAAGGCCACGACCAAACGCUUUAAGUUUGAGGAGCCUAUAAUGCAAGAGAUAGCAGGAGACUUCAUCUUCUAACAAUUGGACAUUUUGGACUUGUUUCCUUUAAGCCUCUUGAUAAACCUGGAUCAAAAAGUCAAUGUUGACCAGAGCAACAGGUUGUCAUGCAAAAUUAAUGCAAUUGAGCAGUGCCAUGUUAUUCUCCUUCAAAAUGACACCACCACCCCACCUCUAGUGCCUUACCAUAACAAAACCUUUUUCUGUGUUUUGCGGUUUCCUAGUGACGGUUUCCUGGGGCAUCAGCAUGAGCAAGGAAGCAAGGUUAGAUCAAUGUUCACUGCACUGGAGGUGGAACUUUCUGGAUUUACCUAUCAGAAAAAAUAGCAAAGUUACAGAUGAUUACAGGAGUUUACCCGUCUGAUGCCAACCUCGAUGUUAAAGCCACACAAGUCUUGCAGUUUUUUAUUUCUAUUAAAAAUCCCAAAUGUAAA